CCAUUUUAUUAGCUUGCAUGUGUGUGUGUGUAACUAAUGCACAAGUUGAAAUUAACUGGCGCCUAAAAAUUGCGUGAAUUCUUUUUGUUAAGCAAAUAUGUCAAGUGACAGCGAGGAAUACCAUACAGAUGAGCAAGCUAGUGAAGCUAGUCACUCCUUAUCAGGACGCUCAAGUCACAACAGCACCGAAAAUCCUUCGAGUGCCAAUGUAACUAUUCUGGACACUGAAUCCGACGAUGAUAGUGUACGUCGAGUGGCUAAACCAAAAGCGCGCCGCAAAGCAGUGAUUCUUUCGGACAGUGAAGAGGAAGAUGAGCUGGAUCAGCGUGGUCUGUCGCCGCGCACGCGCAUGAGCAUCACGGGCGUGCGUCCUCAGGACAUAAAUGAUGAUUCCAGUGAGAUAGACUACAGCGAGGAGGAGGCGCUGGAGAAGUCUCAGGAGAAGUCGCUGGAGAGGUCGAAGGAGAAGUCACUGGAGAAGUCGCUGGAGGAGUCACUAGAAAAGUCGAUGGAGGAGCAGCAGCAGACUAGCGUCAAUACAGAUGAUUCUGCCGAGUUGGAAUCCACAGUCGAUGAUAGUCAUCAGGAAGCUGAUGAACACGAUGAUUUGCCUCGUUACAGUAAACAAUUUGCAGGCAACAGCAAAGAUCUGUUGCAUUCAACGCUGUUUCCAGUUGCUCAACAACAGCAACAGCCUGAGUUGGAGAUGGAGAUGGAGUCAACCAAUUCCUCUUCCAGCGACGUGCUCAUCCUCAGCAACAAGGAGGAGACAAUUGAAAUUUCCAGUGGCGAUGAACAAGAAAACUUUUCGCCGAAUAGCCACAAGUCCGGAGCUUUAUCAAAGCGUUCUUUUAGUGUCAAAAAUGAGAAUGUGUCACGUGACUUCUACGAGGAUGAGCUGCGCAAGGUGGCGGAAUUGCGGGUGCAGCUCAUCGAUGCGGAAAAGCUGUUCGAGAAGGUGGCCCACAAGUUGCCCGACAAGGGCACACAGAUCACCAAACGUAUGGAUGGACUGCGUGCAGACAUUGCCAGGAAAGUCAGUUAUUUGAACGGUGUCAAGGUUCAGAAAGAGGACAUCCCAAAGAAGGCGGCGGUACCUCAGCGAGUUAUUCCACCCAAGUCCAUAGACAAGGAACUGGACUGGGAUGAUCUGUCUGCAGCGGUCAAUUUAAUACAGCCCAAGCACACGGGCACUCAAGGCUUGGCCACCUUCAAUAACCAAAAGGCACUCACUAUGGAUUCACUCAAGGAUCUGCACGGCUCUUUGAAGGACUGUCCCGCAGAGAAUGUGCUAGCUGAUGAUCCAUCAGGAUUGAAGGUUCAGCUCAUGGACCAUCAAAAGCACGCGCUAGCCUGGAUGGCCUGGCGGGAGAAGCAGCGUCCCCGCGGUGGCAUUUUGGCUGAUGACAUGGGUCUGGGAAAAACGCUAACCAUGAUUUCACUGGUACUCACUUGUAAGAAUCGGCAAGAGAGCGAGACAGCCACCCAAUCCGCUAGCAGUGAUGAAGAGGAGGAGACUGAUCAGAAUCGCAAGGACAACGGCGGUUGGUACUCAAAGGGUCGCAAGGAUCACUGUAAGGGCGGCACUCUGGUGGUGUGUCCCGCCAGUUUGAUACGUCAGUGGGAGAAUGAAGUCAAUACAAAGUUGUCCCGCCAUCGUCUCACUGUCUGUGUUCAUCAUGGAAAUAAUCGCGAGUCGAAAUCUAAGCAUUUGCGCACCUACGACUUGGUGAUCACCACAUACCAAAUUGUGGCCAGGGAACAAAAGUCUGGAGCCGCUCUAUUUGGUGUCAAGUGGCGUCGCAUCAUCCUGGAUGAGGCACACGUGGUACGCAACCACAAGUCACAGUCGUCGCUGGCUGUCAGUGAGUUGCGCAGUAAGUUUCGCUGGGCUCUCACUGGCACUCCAAUUCAAAAUAAGGAGCUCGAUGUUUAUGCGCUGUUGAAGUUUCUCCGCUGCUCGCCAUUUGAUGAUCUGGCCACCUGGAAGAGGUGGAUCGACAACAAGAGCGCUGGUGGACAGGAGCGUCUCAAUUUACUGAUGAAAUCCAUAAUGCUUAGACGCACCAAGACUCAACUGCAAUCGGAUGGCAAAUUAAACAGUUUGCCUGACAAGAAGAUUCGUUUGGUUGAAAUAAAUCUUGAUAAAUAUGAGAUGAACGUUUAUCAGCGAGUUAUGACCUACUCACAAACAUUAUUUGCCCAGUUCCUGAUGCAACGCGCUGAGAAGGAAUCAGAUACGAACUUUGUUAACGAUGCCUGCAAGCCCACAUACAAACAAAUCAAAGAUCCAAAUGGUGCCUACUUUAAAAUGCAUGAGAAAUUCGCUCGUAUGGCUGGCCACAACCACGAGGUGAAGUCCCAUGAAAUUUUAGUCCUUUUGCUGCGUCUUAGACAAAUAUGUUGUCAUCCAGGUCUUAUAGAUGCGAUGUUGGAAGAUGAAGGCGCUGGAAAUGCAGGCAAUGAUGAUACCCAAGAGGAUUCACCGGAAAUUGACUUGCUGGCCCAUCUAAACAAGUUGACCAUUAAUGACGAUGCCAACAGUAGUCACAAUGACAGUAAGGAGCGUCCCUUGGAAGGUGAUGACAUGCGAUUUGCCAAGGCCUCACAAAAUGUGCUAAAGCGAAGCAACCCGGUUUUUGAUUUAAAUCGCCCGUCCACCAAGUUGAGAAAAACUCUGGAAAUACUACGGACAUGUGUGCUGAACACUGAUGAUAAGGCCAUCAUCGUGUCACAGUGGAAAUCGGUGCUGGAUAUUAUGCAGGACAUGUUGGUAAAGGAAAGACUGGCAACAUUGUCAUUGAAUGGCACAAUACCAGUACAGAAGCGUCAGGAUAUUGUCAACGAAUUCAACGAUCCACGCAGUUCCAAACGCAUUCUAUUGCUGUCUCUGACAGCCGGCGGAGUUGGUCUCAAUUUGAUUGGAGCAAAUCACUUAAUCCUAUUGGAUUUGCACUGGAAUCCGCAGUUAGAGGCACAGGCACAGGAUCGGAUAUAUCGUGUUGGCCAGAAGAAGGAUGUCAUAAUCUAUAAGAUGAUUUGCGUCGACACGGUGGAGCAACGGAUAAAGGCUUUACAGGAUCGUAAAUUGGAAUUGGCCGAUGGUUUGCUGACAGGCAAGGUUAGCACCAAGCUCUCCAUCGAUGAUCUCAAGGGUCUAUUUGGCAUGUAAACUUGCUGGCCAUAAGAAACUCAGUCAUAUUUGAUGUUGGGCUGUUUAAUUUAAGAAUAAACAGAAUGCUAUGCAAUGAUUUGAUAUCAUUAGUAUGCCUAAUAAAGAGCUUUCCAGACAGGCAUUUAUAGAAAAAAUGAAAGAAUUAUUUAUCAUUUAAUUUAUUCAAGUUCAACUUUA